UCGUUUAUUUAUUUUCUUCAGCGAGAAAAAGAGUCUAAUUACAUCGGAAAUAUCUCCCCUCUUUCUCUACUUUGUUUUUUACUUCGAUUCAACGGAACCCUAACUCAACCAGCUAGACAAUUCAAGAUUCUAUUUGGCUCCUUCUUGUUGCUGAUGUUCUUGUUGUUAUGGUGUGCUUAAAGUGAUAUUGUUUUGAAUUGGAGUUCUUUUUGGUGCAGUAGAUGACCGUACGAUUAGGGAGGAGUUGAGAUCAAGCGGCCAGGGAUUUUUCCACCGAAUGGAGGGAGGGAUACACUCAUGGAUUAUGAUGACAAUGAUUCCCAAAGCCAGAAUCUUCAUUUAGCUGGUGAAGGAAACAAUAAAUUUCCUCCUGUUUUGCGGGCAUAUGAUCUCCCAAGAUUUGAUUUUGAUGAUAAUCUUCGUGGAAAUUCAAGAUUUGAUGGUUUAGUUGAAACUGAAGUUUUUCUCGGUAUUGAAAAUAGUGAAGAUAAUCAGUGGAUUGAAGAUUUUUCGCGUGGGAGUACUGGGAUUGCAUUUAGUUCAAGUGCGGGAGAACCGUGUUUGAUUUCUAGGCGCAACAAUGUCUGGUCUGAGGCAGCGUCCUCAGAAUCAGUUGAAAUGCUGUUAAAAUCUUUAGGGCAGGACGAAAAUACUCUUGCUCAAACUAUUAGUAAGGAUUCAGAUGCCUGCGAUGAACUGGCUUGCAUGAUAAAGCAGAUGGAACCUAGUUUGAAGCACAAAGAUAGUAGCCUUUCUAAAUUUGAUGACAUAAAACCUGUUCUACAGACAGGUGAGAUUCCCGGAAAAUGUAUGGGAGACCAUCAACUGGUUGAAGAUGCUUCUAAAACCCAAGAGAAAGAGCCAUCUGUUCAUGGGGGAUUAGAAGAUCCAAAUAGCAGAAAUACUGGCAUACCUUUGAUUGAGAUGGGCGAGUCUAAAGAUGGUAAACAAAUUGUUCUUGAUGAAACUCGAGCGGAAGCUUCGGUUGAUCAGUCUUUGGAUUACAGGGGACAGGAAGAUAAAUUUGCUUCUGGGUCAGAAGUUGAUACUGUAAUCCCUUCUGUGCAAGGCACAUGUUUGAGUGGUGUUUUGAUAGAUGAUCAAGAUACCACAGAUUUGAAAAAUGAUAUCAUUGAUAAAAAUGUGGACAGUUUAGAGGGUGAAAAUGUUGAUUUAAGUCCAGAACAUCACAUUGGUGGUAGGAACUUGAUUGAUGAUACAGUUGCAAGUGUCACCUCGCAUGUACAGAAACAUUCAGCUUUGGAAAUGCAAUCUAGGGAAGAAGAACAUGCUGUCGGAAACAACACAGUUAAUGUGGAUGAGCCUUCUGAUAGGAUAUCAGAAGGGAGUUCUUACCUCCAUGUGGAAGAAUGUAAUGAGGUUGUAGGUGUAGAAAUUCCUCUGCAGACCGGCAAGUCUGAAGACAUUGUUUUGUCAGAAGGAAAACUGCAUGACACACCAUCAAUGCCAGUUGUUAUUGAUAAUACCCUCAAGGAGCAUGAAAAUGUGGUUAUUGAUACUGAUACUAUGCUUUCUAAGGGUCUAGAGUCGGAGGUGAAUUCAAUGGUGCAGGUAGCACCUGAUGCUAUUAAGGAGGACUUUUUAGAAAGUGAUUGCCACCUAGAUAAAAAAAUCUUGAGCAGCAAGUCUGAGAAAUCUUUGUUGUUAGUGGAAGAUGGUAAAGGUUCUAAGGACGAAGAUAAAGGUUCUCAUGUCACUUUGGUAACUGAACCAAUGAGAGUAUGUAAAAAAUACAUUUUCACCGAACAUAAUGAUGAUCAUAAACGUGAUGAAAGUGUUUCAGCUGCUGUUAAGCAGAAAACCAGUUUGCCUUCUGAUUCUAGCACUGCAGAUUGUUGUGAUGAUGGAUCCCCAGUUGGAACGAAGGGAGUUGAUUUCUCAUCGUUUGGUGCUGGUGGCAAGGUAAAUGAGUUAACGUCAAACCUACAACCUGAUGUUGCUGUCAGCAGUAUGUCGGUGGAUUGUGUUCUUUUGCCUUCCGUCAUGGAUAUACCGGCCAUUACUGUUUUGGAUCAGAAAGAGGUGCAGGUGCCAUCUUUAGAAGCAAGUUUCUCGGUCAUAAAUACCUCUGGAACAACAACAGAAAAGGAUGCUUCGUGUGAGGAUGGUGAACAGUUCUCAUGCAAGAAAGUUGAUCAGUCAUUGUUAAUGGAGGAUACCACUACCCUUGAGGGCAAAAGUGGAGACCAGACUCUUUGCAGAGUCACACCGGAGGUUGGAAAGGAUAUGCACUUACCAUCUAUGGUCUUUGAUUCAGCAGCGAGGAAUACUGAUGGUGACGAAGCUCAAGCUAUAUCUAAAAAGGUUUCUACAGAUGCUGCAGGUGAUGUAUCAAUUCAGAUGGACAAGACGUCGAUGAAUUCAGUGGCUUCAACUUCAAUGGAAACCCCCCAUAAUGCUGACCAAAAUCACCCUAAAGAUAAUGAUUCCAAAUUGGUUUCUGAAGAGAUCAGUGGUCAUGUUGCUGUGCAUUAUGUUGAUGUUGAUCCUGCAAAGACUUCUAUAACUUCCUUUGCACCUUCAUCUGAAUCUCAAACUAAGUUUCACAUGAUGGAAAGCGGAAGUGGUAGUGCUGAUCUUGACAAUCCUUCCUGUGGCUCUCCAGUUGUCAUUAGAACUUCUGAGCAGUCACAAAGUAAAAUCGAAAAUGCAGUUGUGAGAGGAUCCAAAGAUCAGAGUGCUGUAGUGUCUGGCAUCACUAAAAGGGAAGCAAACAAAGAGCAGUCAAUUUCUCGGGAUACAAAAGGAAAUCAUGCGACUCCAGGAGACAAAAGUUUCACCUUUGAGGUGCCUCCCUUGUUAGCUGUGUCUGAACAAGAAGCUGGGAAGAAUUGGAAGCCUUUUUCAACCAUGCAACUUGAAAAAAUAUCCCCGAAGGCCGUGGAAGGAACUCCAUCAACAUCUGGAUUAAGCAUAGCAGGGCCCGAAGCUGCUCAAGAGACAGGUCGUACAAAUCCUCAGGUAACUAAAAGGGGUGAUGCACGUGGUGGCUCCAAAGGGACUUCUGAGCGUAAACCAAGACGAUCAGGUGGUAAGAGUGCUGGAAAGGUAGCUGCUAGGAAGGGAAAUGCUACAAAAGAAACAACACCUGCAAGGCAAUCAGAAAGAAGUGAUAGAACAAGCAAUGUGUCACCCAGAUCAGCUGGAACUGGUCAGCUUGUGCAAUCCAGUGAGAUGCAGCACCAGGGACACACAGAAGGCGUUUUUCAUCAGCCUUUUAUGGAUUUGCAGCAAGUUCAGUUACGAGCUCAGAUUUUUGUGUAUGGAGCUUUGAUACAAGGAACAGUACCUGAUGAGGCAUAUAUGAUAGCGGCAUUUGGAGGUCUUGAUGGUGGAAGAACCAUUUGGGAGAAUGCCUGGCGAGCAGGUAUAGAGAGGGUACAUGGUCAAAAAUCGCUUCUUGUUAGCCCAGAAACUCCGGUGCUGUCUUAUAUAGGUGCUAAAACUUCUGAUCAACCAAUCAAACAAAAUCCACCUCAGAGUAAGGUUACAUCCUCACCUGCUAGUUGGUCUACCGGAAAGGGUACUCCAACUACGUCAAUUGUAAAGCCAAUGAUGCCUCUUUCAUCUCCACUAUGGAGUAUUCGUACACCUUCCGUUGAUGCCCUUCAACCAACUGGCCUUCCAAGAGGUGCAGUUAUGGAUUAUCAGCUGGCAAUUUCUCCAUUACAUCCUCCGCCUACAAGGAAUUUUAUUGGACACAAUCCUUCUUGGAUGCCCCAAUCCCCUUUUCGUGGUCCCUGGACUCCACAGACUUCUGCAUUUGAUGGCAAUACUUGUUAUCCUGUUCACUCCAUCACGGAAGCAGUUAAUUUGAAUCCUGUAAAAGCAUCUGUGCCUCAAUCUUCUAGCGGGAAACAGGUUUCUUCAGUUCCUGUGGUCCAGGGUGGAAGUCCUGCUAAUGUUUUUGCAGGGACUCCCCUGCUUGACACAAAAAAGACAGCAUUAACACCUGGUCAGCAUUCUGCUGAUCCAAAGCCUAGAAAACGAAAAAAGUCUACAGUUUCUGAGGAGCCUGUGCAGGUUAUACCUCAUUUUCAAUCAGAGUCCUCGUUGUCUACUGUUGUGGUUAGUCAUGCCUCUACACCUGCUGCCAUUACCAUUCCUGCUGCCAGUAUAUCGAAGUCCUCCACUGAUAAAUUGGUGACAUAUUUCUCUAAUCAUCUCAAAAAGGGAGACCAAGAAUCAGAUCAGAGGGCUGGUCUGUCUGAAGAGACUCUUAGUAAACAUGAGAAUGCUCAGAAGCAUGCAGAGGAUGCUGCUGCUGCUGUUAGUCACUGUCAAGAAAUAUGGAAUCAGUUGGACAAGCACAAAAAUUCAGGGUUGGCACCAGAUGUUGAAACUAAAUUGACUUCCGCAGCUGCUGCAAUAGCAGCAGCAGCUGCUGUUGCAAAGGCUGCAGCUGCAGCUGCCAAUGUUGCCUCAAAUGCUUCCAUGCAAGCAAAACUGAUAGCUGAUGAAGCAUUGGUUUCAAGUGGCUACAGAAAUUCCAUUCCCAAUAAUUCAAUCUCUGAUAGCUUGAAGAAGUUGAGCAAGGCUACUCCUGCAUCCAUCUUAAGGGGUGAGGAUGCUACUAUUAGUUCGAAUUCUGUCAUUGUUGUUGCUAGAGAAGCUGCUAGGAGGAGGUUGGAAGCAGCUUCAGCUGCCUCAAAGCAAGCUGAAAACAUGGAUGCCAUUGUCAAAGCUGCUGAGUUGGCAGCUGAAGCUGUGUCACAAGCUGGAAAGAUUGUUGCUAUGGGGGAAACAUUCUCAUUGAUCGAAUUGGUAGGAGGUCCAGAGGCAUACUGGAAAGUACCCCAAGCAUCUCCUGAGCCGGAUGGUGCUAUUAGAGAACACAUAAACAUAGGUAGUAGUGUGAAAGCUCCUAGUUCAUCAGUUGGGCAUCUAAAAGAAGUUUCUGUGAACAAGAGGGAAAAGCAGAGUGAUAACCAUGGAAAGUCACCUACCCUUAGAGAGAUGGCCAGGGAGUCUAUGGAAGAUCAUUCUAGGUUGACAUAUUUGGCUCCUGUUGCGACUGGUGAGAAGGAUAAAAAAGGGCAAAAGGGCCGCAAAGCUUCAGAUGUUGCCAAAACUAAAGGGGUUGCUUCUGGAUCUCAGAUUGGGUUUGGAUCACCUUUGAUGACCACUGCACAUGAAAAAGCAGGGGAAGGGGAAACUUCUAAAGAUAAUAAUAUAAGGGAAGGCUCACAUGUUGAGGUAUUGCGAGAUGGAAGCGGGUCAAGAGCAGCAUGGUUCCUGGCAGAUAUACUGAAGUUGAAAGAGGGCAAAGCUUAUGUGUGUUACAAUGAACUUCGACAAGAGGAUGGUGAUAGGCUAAAGGAAUGGGUGAAACUUGAAGUUGAAGGUGAUCGGGCACCCAGGAUACGCUGUGCCCGUCCUAUUACAGCCAUGUCAUUUGAAGGAACAAGGAAGAGACGCAGGGCAGCCUUGGGGGAUUAUAAUUGGUCUGUUGGAGAUAGGAUUGAUGCAUGGAUGCAAAAUAGCUGGUGGGAGGGAGUUAUCACUGAGAAGAGCAAGAAAGAUGAAACUUCUUUUACUGUCCAUUUUCCUGCACAAGGAGAAACUUCUGUUGUCAAAGCAUGGCUUCUUCGUCCUUCUUUGAUGUGGAAGAAAGGUAGUUGGGUUGAAUGGUCCAGUUUUGAUAAUAAUGAGUCUUCCCAUGAGGGUGAUACCCCACAGGAAAAACGACAAAGGUUAAGCAGUCCUGCAGUUGAGGCCAAAGGGAAAGAUAAGCUUUCAAAAAAUGUUGACAUUAAGGAAUCUGGGCAACCUGAAGACACGAGAUUGCUGGAUUUAUCUGCAAGUGAAGGAACAUUUAAUAUUGGUAAAAGCACCAGAGAUGAGAGUAAGCCUGAUUCACUCAGAAUGAUACGUACUGGUUUAAAGAAGAAAGGGUCAGGAGUGGUUUUUGGUGUUCCUAAGCCUGGAAAGAAGCAAAAGUUUAUGGAAGUGAGCAAACAUUAUGUUGCUGAUCAGAGUAGCAAGACUCAUGAAACUAGUGAUUCAGCUAAGUUUACAAAAUAUCUAAUGCCUCGAGGAUCUGAACCCCAUGGAACUAAAAGUAAAAUUGAACCAAAGGAAAAACGAAUGGCUGUAUCCAAGACCAAGAUUCUCAAGCCUGGAAAACUGCCUAGUGUUUCUAAUAGAAGUAUUCCUCAGAUGGACGACUUAUCAAACACUAUGGUUUCUGAACCUGAUAGUGCUGGGGCCUCAGAUGUGUCCAAAUUGGAGGGUUCUAUAAGCCAUGCUGAGAAUAUAUCAGGAAAGCCAAACAUGAUGGAGUUUAAAUCAUUUUCAUCUUCGGAUGGGGCAGCAGAGGGCCCAGUCUUAUUUUCUUCUAUGGCCCUCUCAUUGGAUGCACCCCCCAAGAAAGCUUCUGCAUCAAAUGCUAAAUCUGAAAGGAUUAAUAAAGGGAAACUUGCACCAGUUUCUGGGAAGUUGGCAAAAUUUGAGGAAAAAGCCUUCAAUCACGAUUCAACAAAAACAAGCUCUGAUGUUGUUGAGCCUCGUAGAUCUAAUCGCAGGAUCCAGCCAACCUCGAGACUUUUGGAAGGGAUACAAAGCUCAUUGACGAUCUCGAAAAUUCCUUCUGUUUCACAUGACAAAAGUCACAAAAGCCAAAGCAAAAGUACCAGAGGAAAUAACCAAGGUUGAUAGCAGCUAAAGGAAUCCAGCCUUGAAGAAAUUCAGUGUAGCUUGUGUAAAUUAUCAGAUGAUAGCGGAGAAAGCUUGGAAUGAAAGUUGCUUCUUUGGCUUUUUGAUGUAGCUGUAGAUACUGUUUUUUGAGUUUUAUUUAGAAUUAUUAUGAUCUGAUAUGUCUAGGCCAUGCUCUUCUAGCGUUUGUAUAUGGAACGCCCCACAAGUAGUUAGGUUUGAUAUUCACAGAGCAGCCGUUGCGAAGCGAUAUCAGCCCAUGUAUCUCUGUUGCAUCUAACUGCUCAUCUGCUUAUUCAGCCUUAUUUUAUCUGUGCGUGGACAUAUCAAUUGGGGUUUCUUCUAGUUCUGUGUUGCUCCUAAAGGAUUCGUAAAAGAUCGGGAUUCAAACCGUUAUU